CUUCUCUGUUCUCUCUUAGGAUAAAAUUUAAAACCAGGAGUCCUCUAGCACUGGAUCCUGGCGUGUAUUUUAUACAUGUUAGUUUAUGCUCUGCAUUAUUUUGCUGGGGGAUAUUUUAAGUUUAUUUUUCCUUUUUUACCCCUAUGGAGGUGGGGAUCAAACUCAGGGUCUUAUACAUGCUAGGAAGUGCUCAGAGCCUCUGGGCUGCUUUCCCAGCCCCGCCCUCCCUUUCUUUUUUCUUUUUUCAUUUUUUUUUACUGUCAUACUGUAUAGCUGAAUCAGAUGGUGCAUAACUGUAUUCCCAGCAUUGAGGAGGCAGACAUGAGGAUUAUAGCUUGGGCUAUAUGUGUAUGAAUUUUCAUGUGUGUGUUUUAAUUUUAUUUCAUGUGGAUGUAUAUUUAGCUGACCUGGAUGUAUGUGCCCCAUGUGUGUGUGCCUGGUGCCUGUGGGGCUCAGAAUACAGUACUAGAUUUCCUGGAACUGGAGUCACAGGCAGUUGUGAGCUGCUGUGUGAGUGCUGGGAGUUGAACCCAGGUCCUGUAGAAGAGCAGCCAGUGCUUUUAACCAUCUCUCCAGUCGCCUGUUUGGUGGUUUUAUUAUCUAUUUACUUUUUUUUUUCCUGAGACAUAGUCUACUAUGUAAUGCUAGAACUUGCUCAGUAGAGCAGGCUGGCCUCAAACACAUGGGGAUCUGCUUGUCUCUGCCUACCUGAGUGCUAGGACUAAACCUAUGUGCACCAUGCCCAGCCUACUUUUAGUUUUUAGUUGAAUUUUUUAUUGUGUAGGAUUGGGAGCACGCGGUUUAGGGGAACAAGGGCAUGCAUGCCGUGGUCCCUGUGUCGAGGUCAGAAGACAGCCCACCUUUUUGUGGGCUUCAGGAAUUGAACGGAUUGCCUGCUUGAGGCAUUUCUCCUGCCCACCCCGUAGGGUUUCCAAACAUUCCCUCAAGUGUUCCUUCUUGUCAUUUCUAGUUGAACUUUGAACUUGAUCUGAUUCAUUGGAACAAACUGUGGAGUGAGCCAAUAGGAAACGCUGUGUGUGUACAUUUGUUUUGAGUCGGGCUCUCAUUGCGUGUAGAUCAUACUGGCUCCAAACUUUUGGCAGUUCUCCGGUCACUGUCUCCCGAGUCCUGGGAUUGUAGGCAUGUGCCACUAUGCCCCGCUACACUGAAGUUUUAUUUAUUUAGGUUUUUUGAGACACGGUUUCUCUGUGUAGCCCUGGCUGUCCUGGAACUCACUUUGUAGACCAGGCUGGCCUAGAACUCAGAAGUCCUCCUGCCUCUGCCUCCGGAGUGCUGGGAUUAAAGGCGUGCGCCACCACGCCCGGCUGAAGUUUUAAUCUUAUGACUCACAAUAGAUAGUCUCUGACUUAAUGGUUCAACUUGAAUGUUUUUCACACCGUGGUGAGAAAAUGCCUGUUGUCUUAGUUAGGGUUUUACUGCUGUGAACAGACACCAUGACCAAGUCAACUCUUCUAAGGACAGCAUUUAAUUGGGGCUGACUUUCAGGUUCAGAAGUUCAGUCCAUUAUCAUCAAGGUGGGAACAUGGCAGCAUCCAGGCAGGCAUGGCACAGGGGAUGCUGAGAGUUCUACAUCUUCAUCUGAAGCAAACAGGAUAAGACUGGCUUCUAGGCAGCUAGGAUGAGGGUCUUAAAGUCCACACCCACAGUGACACACCUACUCCAACAGGGCUACACCUUUUAAAUGUGCUACUUCCUGGGUGGAGCACAUAGAAACCAUCACACAUGUACUCUUACUUAGUCGAUAUAGUAUUCACUAAAAUAUUCAACCUUUAUUAUAAAAUAAGUCUUGUCCUGGAUGGUUUUGCCCAACUGUAGGCUAUUGCAGUUUUCUCUGAGCACAUUUAAGAUAGUGUAUAAGCCAUGCUGUGACAUUCAGUAGUUUAUGUAUCUCAAAUACAUUUUUUAAAUUAAGGCUAUUUUCAGUUUAUAAUGGGAUAAGACUUUAUAAGCCACAGAACAUCUAUGGUGGUAGUGUUCGUCUAUGAUCUUAGUAGUCAUUGCUGUUAUAGUGCACUCAUAUUCCAGGUAUGGCAGCACACUCCUGUGGUUCCAGCACUUGGGAUACUGAGGCAGGGAUGUCAGGAGUUCAAGACUAGUUUCAGCUACCUGGUCUGUGGAUGGCUUGCUGAAUGCCCGAAAGAAGAAUGCUCACGUGCCCCUUUGGAACUACACAGUUCUGCGUGGCCAGAUCUUCAUCGUGUACUUCAUCGCGGGUGUGAAGAAGCUCGAUGCUGACUGGGUUGGGGGCUACUCCAUGGAGCACCUGUCCCGGCACUGGCUCUUCAGUCCCUUCAAGCUGGUGUUGUCGGAGGAGCUGACAAGCCUGCUGGUAGUACACUGGUGUGGGCUUCUCCUUGACCUCUCGGCUGGCUUCCUGCUCUUCUUUGAUGCCUCCAGACCCGUCGGCCUGUUCUUCGUGUCCUACUUUCACUGCAUGAACUCGCAGCUCUUCAGCAUCGGGAUGUUUCCCUAUGUCAUGCUGGCCAGCAGCCCUCUCUUCUGCUCAGCUGAAUGGCCUCGGAAGUUGGUAGCCCGAUGCCCGAAAAGGCUGCAAGAGCUGCUGCCCACCAAAGCCGCUCCUCGGCCUAGUGCUUCCUGUGUGUAUAAGAGGUCCCGGGGCAAAGCUGGCCCGAAGCCCGGGCUGCGCCACCAGCUGGGAGCCAUCUUCACCCUGCUCUACCUCCUAGAGCAGCUCUUCCUGCCCUAUUCCCACUUCCUGACCCAGGGUUACAAUAACUGGACAAAUGGGCUGUAUGGCUAUUCCUGGGACAUGAUGGUGCACUCCCGCUCCCACCAGCACGUAAAGAUCACCUACCGCGACGGCCUCACGGGCGAGCUGGGCUACCUUAACCCUGGGGUAUUCACACAGAGCCGGCGAUGGAAGGAUCAUGCAGACAUGCUGAAGCAAUAUGCCACUUGCCUGAGCCUCCUGCUUCCCAAGUACAAUGUCACUGAGCCCCAGAUCUACUUUGAUAUUUGGGUCUCCAUCAAUGACCGCUUCCAGCAGAGGCUUUUUGACCCUCGUGUGGACAUCGUGCAGGCUGUCUGGUCCCCCUUCCAGCGCACACCUUGGGUGCAGCCACUCUUGAUGGAUUUAUCUCCCUGGAGGACCAAGUUACAGGAUAUUAAGAGCAGUCUGGACAACCACACCGAGGUGGUCUUCAUUGCAGAUUUCCCUGGGCUUCACUUGGAGAAUUUUGUGAGUGAAGACCUGGGCAACACUAGCAUCCAGCUGCUGCAGGGAGAAGUCACCGUGGAAUUGGUGGCAGAACAGAAAAAUCAGACUCUUCAAGAAGGAGAGAAAAUGCAGUUGCCUGCUGGAGAGUACCAUAAAGUCUAUACUGUAUCAUCUAGUCCUUCCUGCUACAUGUACGUCUAUGUCAACACUACAGAGGUCGCACUGGAGCAAGACCUGGCAUAUCUGCAAGAAUUAAAGGAGAAGGUGGAGAACGGAAGUGAAACAGGGCCCCUGCCUCCAGAACUUCAGCCUCUUUUGGAAGGGGAAGUAAAAGGGGGCCCUGAGCCAACACCUCUGGUCCAAACUUUUCUCAGACGACAGAGGAAGCUCCAAGAAAUUGAACGCAGGCGAAAUAGCCCUUUCCAUGAGCGAUUUCUCCGCUUCGUGCUGCGAAAGCUCUACGUCUUUCGACGCAGCUUCCUGAUGACUCGAAUUUCACUCCGAAACCUGCUAUUAGGCCGCCCUUCCCUAGAGCAACUAGCCCAAGAGGUGACAUAUGCAAACUUGCGACCAUUUGAACCAGUUGAUGAGUCAAGUGCUUCAAACACAGAUUCUUCAAAUCACCCGUCAGAGCCAGAUUCUGAGCAUGUUCACUCUGAGUUCUGAGGGAUGUACAGAUGCUCUGUGCAGAUGUGGGGGCAGCCUGUUAUAGGCUUAUUGUCUACGCAAAGAACAUAUUUUUGGAGAAAAAUGAUAUGGGACAGGCUUUCACAGUACAGCCCAGGCUGGCCUCAAACUCAUGGUUGGUCCCUCUGCUUCAGCCUGUUUUGUAAUUACAUAGAUCACCAAACCUAGUUGCUUUUCCCUUUACAUUUUUUCCCCUUAUAAGUUCUUUAAAAUUAUAGCUUACAUUUUUUCUUUUUUCUUUUUUUUUUUUUUGUAUUUUUUCUUUUUCAAGACAGGGUCUCUCUCUGUGUAGCACUGGCUGUCCUGGAACUCACUCUGUAGUCCAGGCUGGCCUCCAACUCAGAAAUUCUCCUGCCUCUGCCUCCCAAGUGCUGGGAUUAAAGGUGUGUGCCACCACGCCCCACUGGGCUUUUAGUUUUUAUAGACAAGAUUUCUCCAUGUAGACCAGACCAGCUCUCCUGAGUGCUGAAAUUAAAGGCACGGGACAUCACUACCUGGCUUUCUUAUUAAACUUGUUUUAGUGGUCUCAAAA